UAGUGCGUACGGUAAAAAAUGGCCGCCUCCAGGCCACUCGUGAGAUUAGCUAGCCAGAACAUUCUGGAUCAUUCAUUCUGUGAGCUAACGCGGUUUGUACGGUUGUUUGUAGGUCGACAGAGAAACCGUGUGUCCAUUGAUUCCACUGCGCUGUGUAAGGUAUAUUCAUAAUGGCAGAAAAGAACCAGGACAAGAGAUAUCCCCCAAACCUCCAGGGGGUCCUGAAGAUGGCAAUGGAAGCCGGAGUCGCGCCAGAGGGAGCGGCCCCCGUUGAACCGAUGUCAGAGGAGAGGAAGACGUUUCUGAAAGAAGCUCUCGCAGAAGUUUGCAGAGGGCAGACAGAUGAAGUGGAGAAGAUCAAGCAGUGCCUGGAACUUCUACACAAAGAGGAAAAGAGCGAGAGGCAGGGAGAGGACGAUGAAGAUGAGCGGGAAUCCGCCUUUAACGUGUUAACGGAGUUGUGUGAGAAUUUGGACAAUGCCAGAGACCUGAUGGUUCUGGGUGGACUGGAUUUGUGCCACUCCCGGUAUCUUGGUCAUGUCAAAAGUGGGUUGAGGUGGCGUGCUGCUGAGCUCAUUGCUUCCUGUGCCCAGAACAUGCCAGAGGUGCAGGUCCACCUGCUAAGCAUCGGGAUUCUGCCAAAGCUGCUGCAGAUGACAGACUCAGACCCUCACCCCACCGCCAGAGUAAAAGCCUUUUAUGCUGUCUCAUGUCUAGUCCGAGAGCAGGAGGCAGGGCUCAAGGCGUUCCUGACCCUCGAUGGUUUCUCAGUGCUGGUGCGAGGCAUAGAGUCGGAGAAUGAGAGGCUCAGGACCAAGUCGGCUUUCCUUCUGCUCAACCUGCUGAGGUCACAUCCUGAACAGAAAGACACUGUUGUCUCCAUGGGAAUAGUACAGCAGCUGGUGUCUGUUCUCCGCACACCCCACUCAUCUGUCCAUGAACAUGUACUUGGCGCCCUCUGUUGUUUGGUGGAGGACUGUCCACAGGGGCUCAAGGACUGCAGGAAUCCUACUCUGGCUCUGGAGGAGCUGCUCAAACAGCGAACCAAAGAGCUCGGAGGGAAGGAGGAAUGCCAGGAAGAGCUGGACUUCUGCGAGAGUUUGGGGAUGACAUGUUUCCGUGGGCAGCGGUCAGAUGACAAUGGGAUGGAUCGCUGAAGUGUUAUUCACCUCAUGUAACAGAACAUAUUCCCUGCUCUAGAUCAUGUUUAGCAACAUCCUUGUCUGUUACCACAGUUGCUGUCCAUAAAUUUGCCUGUAUUCCACAGAUUUAACUGUGUAAAUAAGUAUCAUGUAUAAAAUACUUUUUUCCCAGUCAGCUGUCACUUCAGUGUAAUGUUUUCAGUUCCUCGUGUCAUAAAUGUAUUACCAAGGAUCUGUAUUACAUGUAGUAGUAUCAUGAUGAUAUUUGUAGUUAAAUGUACAUCAAAUUUUAAUCCA